AUGGAAGAUUACUACAGUAAAAGCACGAAACAUGACCAAAGCUCUGAUUACAGCAACUUCACCUCCAACUACCAGAAUUACAGCAACAUCACCAACUAUGAUACAAAGUCCGAAGAUGUGGUGACAUUCAUAAUCAGUGCUAUCGGCCUUCCUUUGACCCUCGUGGCCAUCUAUGCCCUUUAUUCUAUGGUGAGAAGUGAUCAUGUUGCUCCCAUCUACGUCAUCAACCUUCUCAUUACCGACCUGAUUCAGCUCUGCUGCAUGAUCGUUGAGGUGGUACCAAAUGUGGAUAAGAAGAUAUCAAACAUCUUCUUAUACAUUUACCUCUCUGGUCUGGUUGCCAGUAUUUACUUCAUGGUCUGCGUCGCCCUGGAAAGGUAUUUGGUCAUCGCCCACCCACUGUGGUACCGCUUCAGAAGAUCCAUCAAGUCCUCUGUGGUGGUCUGUGUCGUGGUCUGGGUCCUUUCUCUUGUCUUUGUUGUCCUUUAUCUUUAUAUGUCUUUUAUAAUCUUUGCCGUCCUCCUCCUCCUUCCCUUCCCACUGUUCAUAUUCUUCCUGGCUGGGACCCUCAAAGCCCUGUCUGCUUCCAUCUCGGUCCCCUCUGAUGAAAAAUACCGUAUUGUGGGAAUUUUGGUUCUGGUGCUGCUUAUUUACAUGCUGCUGUUCCUGCCCGACAUCAUUUUCUACCUGGGACAAUACCAUGAUGUGACCCUCUUUAUCCUGUCUCUAACAUUUCUUAGAUUCAGUCCUCUUGCAGACUUAUUUCUGUAUGUGUUCAUGAGGAAAGGGUUCAUAGACAAGCUUUUGGCCUCUGUG